AUGGAAAAAUUCACUCAGCAGAAGGGAGGAAUUAACAAAGGCAAAGGCCAAUCGUUCAGCGGAGCAGCUGCUCUUGCUCCAGUUGGAUCAUCUUCGACUUCUCCCCUUCCAAAAAAUGUUCUUACUAUUCUCGUCACAGCUCAGGACGGGCGUGAGAUCUUUUACAAGAUCUAUGGAGAAACGAAGAUGAAGAAGUUGAUGACACACUAUUGCACGCGACGCGGUCUGCAGUAUGAGACUGUUCGUUUUCUCAUUGAUGGGAAAAAAGUUGAUCCCAAGAAGACUGCAAACCAGCUUGAACUGGAAGAUGGCGAUAGCAUCGAUGCGAUGCUUGAGCAGCUGGGUGGUGGGCAGGCUUGAAGCAGCAGCAGCAGC